ACGUGACCCGCCCUGCGCUCCCGCCCCCUUGGACGACUGGCCACGGAGAGCGCCGGCUAGAGGGGCCCACCCUGUCCUUCUAGGCGUUUCUAUGGUCCCAGCCUCGGGGAGGGGUUUCCGGUGUCCUCCGGCAAUGGCCGCCUCUCUCCGCCUGCGGGGGGCUUUGGCGCUGGUCACAGGAGGCGGCAGCGGCAUCGGCCGCGCCAUCUGCGCUCGCCUCGCCCGGGAGGGAGCGCUGGUGGCCGUGGCGGACUGCAACGAGGCCGGGGCGGCCCAGACGCUGCAGGGGCUCCAGGCGGGGGACCACCAGGCCUGGGCGGUCGACGUGGGAUGCUCCGCGGGCGUUGCGGCUCUCAUGGCCCGCAUCCAGGCGCACUACUCGCGCCCGGCUGGCGUCUGCGUCAACUGCGCCGGCAUCACCCUGGACGAAUUCUUGCUCAAGCAGACCGAGGAGGCCUUUGACGCCGUUCUCAGAGUGAAUCUCAAGGGAACCUUUCUGGUGACACAGGCGGCGGCCCGGGCGCUGGUGGCGAGCGGGGCGCCCGGAGGCUCCAUCGUCAACUUGGGCAGCGUUGUGGGGAAGGUGGGGAACCUGGGGCAGGUGAACUACGCUGCUUCCAAGGCUGGGGUGGAGGCCCUGACGAAGACAGCGGCCAAGGAGCUUGCCAGGUGGGUCUGGGGGAAGGGGGGGAACGGGGGGGAGCCCGCCCGUGGAAUUGCUGAGUCAGCCAUGAAGCCCCUGGGGCUGACCUUGGGCCAUCGAUAUUUCUCCGCCUAACCAACCUCGCAGGGUGGUGGUGAAGAAACAAAUGGCGGAAGAGAGAAUGACGGAAGCGCCCUGGAGGGAUGGCGGGAGGAGGGCUGGAAGGCUUUCUGGCUAGGCGCCCAAGCCUAGAAAUGUCAAAUGGGCAUUUUGGAGCUGCCUGGCCGUCCGUCUUGUUCCCGGAGAAGACAGGCAAUGAAUAGGCUGUGCCUGCGAUAUUUGGCCAAGCAGCCUUUCCCGAGCCAGGCAGAGGCGCUAAUGGAUGAGGGGGGAGCCGCCCCCUUGUUUCCCUGUCCUGCGCAGGGCUGGCCUCCUGGGGGAGCCCUGCCAGGGCGCGGCCAGCCCAAGCCCCCCUUGGCCCUCCCGCCUUCUUACUGCCUGCCCUGCAGGUACGGGAUUCGCUGCAACACAGUCCUGCCGGGAUUCAUCCGCUCCCCCAUGACGGACAAAGUGCCCCAGAAAGUGUUGGACAAGUUUGCAGCGAUGGUGCCUCUGGGACGGCUGGGGGAACCCGAAGAUGUUGCUGACGUCUGUGCCUUCCUGGCCUCUGACGAGAGCCGGUACAUUACUGGAGCCAGCGUGGAGGUAACAGGGGGUCUUUUCAUCUGAUGCGUUCAUUGCCCCGCUUCCGGAGCCUCCCAC